AUGCCAGUCAAAACGGCAGAUGGAUCAUCGAUGAAGAUUGAUGGAAGAUUCUCCACAGACUUCUUUGUCAGAGACCGGACAACAGGGAAGAACAUCCUAGGUAAUGGAACUUGUUACGUCACCGAAGGCACGAAUCUGCUAGGACUGGAGUGGUGUAUUCAACUUCUAGCGUACAAGGAGUUGAAAGACAAAUACCACUGCCGAUUGGUGACUAAAGAAGAAGCAAACCGAGAGGAAAUCAUCGCAGACUUGAAGAAGCAAUACGCAGAAGUGUUCAAGUGCGGACUUGGCACUCACACUGCGGCAAGAUGCGUCAAGACUAAGGCGAAGUUGUUGUUGAGGGACAACGCAGUACCUGUUUUCAGAAGAAGAAGAAGCGACCAGUGCCCUAUGCCUCCGUGCCGGAUUUGGAUGCUGAAAUUGAUCGGCUGGUGGCCGAACAAGUGA